GGCGGGCUCAGGCGGCCCGGGGCAGCCUUUCCCGCAGCCUCGGGAGGGAAGGGGGCUGCCGGGGUGUCCCUGUCCCUGCUCCUCAACCUCGCAGAAAAGGCUUCCGACAGGACGUAAGGAUGAAGCGGUUCAUGGCCAUGUUAAACAGGAAUAAAAACAAGGAUCCCCCACCCGCCAGGCUGCUGGAGCUUGCAGGACAGCUUUGCCAGGAGCUCCAGAGCUCGGCUCCAAGUCUGGAGAAGCUGGUCGGGGCCGUGAUGGGAUGCAAACACAAGAUGUAUUUUCUCACCAACAUCCACGUGGUGCGAGCUUGCGUGUUCGUUCACAUCCGUAACAGGCAGCACGACACAGCCUGCAGGCUCCUGGAGCAUUGCAAGGCAGAAGAGAAGGAGGAGCUGGUGCAACUUUGGCACGAGAUUCACUACCAGAGGGUUAUGGAGAAACACCACACGGAUUUUCUGACACCGCUGCAGAAGUUCCGUUGCAGGAAGAGGAAUCCUCCACCUAUGUCCCUUUGUCCCGAAGGUCUGAAGAAUCGAAACUAUCCAGAUGAAGUACGGCAGCAGCUGCACAGGUUUGCUGCUGAGGUGACAACAAAUCCAAGCAAGGAACAGCGGGAGGGAUUGGCUCGGGACACGAACCUGCAGCCAACUCAGGUCUAUAAUUGGUUUGCAAAUUAUCGACGACGUCAAAAAUCCUGCCUCUCUCUGAAGGAAAAGCUCCACAGCUCGUGUCCUGAGAGGGCUUUGAUUUACCACAGGAAGGAGCAGCAGGAUAAAGAAUCCUACACUCCACAAACUGCAGAUGGAUCUUGUGUAGGCACCGGCUCUGAGCAAAUGGAGAUAACCUUCAUGCCCUGUGACCCAGGGUGGGAGCAGUCAGCUGCAGAUCUGGAUAAGCCUCCUGAAGGAACAUAUUUAAAGAUGCUGGAAUCCAGCUGUGUGCAGAGCAGCGAGCUCUAUGAAGCGAUGACGAGCGAGGCUUGGUUGACCACUCACAACAUGGAACAACCUGUCCCUUUUUGCACCGAGGCUGUGCUGGAGCCAGGAACCUGCUUUAGCUCCACUGUCCUGCAGCCCAGAGCAGCCGGGAGCAGCACUGACACCAGCCCCCAGCUGGAUCACUUUGUCCUCUGCCCUUGCGGGUCCCUCGCCUUCCCAGGUGAAUGGCUGCCCAUCUGGCAGCCCCCUUGCAGCACCAGAGGAGUCUCUGGCUCCACGUGGACUCCAAGUAUAGAAGCAGGUGUCAGAGCUCCCUUGAGCAGAGUCCCUCAAGGUGGCUGUGUUGAGGCCAGUUCAGGAAGACUCAUUCAGCAGUCAGAUUUAGAGAUUGAAAGCUUCAUCCUUAGAGAAGGACAGCUAGGGACCCUGGAAUCUAUUCUUCCCCACAGUUCCUCUCUGGCUGUGCUUGGCAAGCCUCAGUGCCCACCUGCUCCUGCACCCUGCAUGGAAGAAGGCCAGGCCCUGGGACAAAGCCAGGUCCUGGGGGAUCCGGUUGGUGACCCGUUAGCCAACGACACGUUCUGGGCAGCGUGGCUGCUCUUCGAAUUCUCAGCUGGGGGACGGAUGUGACCUGCCUGCAGAGAUGCUCCAUGUGGCCUGCACUUCCCCAGGAAACACCCCAUCCUUUCCUGUGUUCUUUUUCUAUAUAUAUUUUUUUUUUUUUUUUUAAGAUGAGGGGUUUGGCAUGGAGAUUAAUGGAGAGUGAGGCAGAAGAAUGAGGGCUUUUUCUAAUAGUUACAAAGUUUGUUUUAGUAACAGUUUCAUUAAGAAUCUUGCAAAGGAUAGAGGAAAUCAAAGGUGCAUUGUGAAUUGUAGGUUUUUACUGGAGCUGUCUGAAGCUGCAGUGUGGAUGCUAAAAAUAUCAAGUCACUAGUUCUGUGGCAGUUACGUAUUUCCACCCAUAGCACCGGUCAGAUCCAAGUCCUUCAUUAGAUCAUGAAGGUAAAUGAAGCUCCUGUACUUGAAAAAAGUAAAAUUUAGUUACACUGCUCAGCAGUGGAUGUUGGAUAACUUUUUAUGGGGCCUGGAAAAUAAGGUCUCACCCAAGUGCUGGUAAAAUAUUGCUAUUUCUCGUCCCUGCAUUUCUAUUGUACUGCUGGGUGUAACUUCCAGAGUGUUCCAUACUGCCACAGAUGAGACAAACUGGAGCAAGGCAGAAUUUUCAGUGCUCGAGUCUAUGUUCUUGCAGGAUUGGAGGAGGAGAUACCAGUCUUGUGGGUAUUUAAUGCUACCUGCUACUGAUGUUGCCCAGGAAAGAAGGAUGAGUGGAGGAGGUGGGAGCUGCUGAACCCCCUUGAUCCAUUUUCAGUCCCCAGAUCUGGGUGGAUGGAAACUGCCAGGGAAUUGUGUCACCUGUCAGGGGUCUGCAUCAGUCUGAGAGCAGCCGGCGAGCACAGCCCCUUUGGACGAGCGCCUGGCGAAGCAGCCUGAGCCGUGCAGGCUCCAUUUCCUACACAGGGUAUUAAUUAUGGGGCUAAUGCUGUGUCUGGCUGGAGGUUCCCCAAAUCGGCGGGGUAAGCUGUACCCCAGUAGCUCCCUUCCUUUUGCCCCGUCUUCUCCUGACUUAACCCAGCCCGGGACCACCUCACAUGGUCCUUCAUCCCCUUGUCCCCUCAUCCAGCCCCUCAGGGACCCCGGCCCUGGGCCCUCUCAUGGGAGACUGAAGAGCAGAAUUGUGCCUGGGAGUGUCUGGGCACAGGCGGCAAAGCAGAGCCUUAAUGCAGGUUUAAAACUAACGCUGCAAGUCGUUGGGCAGCCUUUUAGGUAUUUUCCCCUAAGUAUUACUGCUAUUUUUUAAAUCUGUAUUGCUAAAAGGGUAAUCUUUGCCAGAAGUCCAGCCCCCAGAUACACAAAGUCGAUGCCUCCACUAUGUUUUGUAAUAAAGUUAGCAA